UAGAAGAAGAAGAGAAGGUGCCAGCCAUGCCGUUCUAUUAAAAAGCUCUCCACAACAGCAGCGCGUCACUAGCACAGGCAGGCAGAGUAGAAGAUGGGUCAGGGCAGCAGCACUGGCCAGACGCCAGACGAGCCGCUCAGUCUGUCGGACAGCGAGAAGACGGCGAUUCGCGCGUCCUGGCAGGUGUUCUGCGACUCCCACCCGGAUCCCGGAGCCUUCCUCUUCUCGGCGCUUCUGGACAGGCAUCCGGAGUACCGGGCGCUCUUCAGGGAGUUCAGGGACGUGCCCGGGAGUGGCCUCGUCAAAGUUCCCUUCUUCAAGACGCACUGCUCGGCGAUGGCCAAGCUGCUGAGCGACGUGGUCGAGACGCUGGACAAGCCCGCGUUGCUCGUGGACGUGGUGAGGACCAACGCGCUCGAGCACGCCACCCGCGACGUGCUGCCGCUGCACUUCGAGUCCCUGUGGCAGCUGGUCGAGAUGCGCGUAGGCCUCGGCGCGCCAGCGACACCCUCCGCCGCCGCGUCGUGGGAGAAGCUGCUCGAGGCAAUGCAACAGAUCACGCUGAACGUCUACGAGAACCUCGGCAUCACUGCCAGCACGUCGACAGCAGCAACGUCACUAGGCAGAACUGACACAAGCUUGAACACCAGGACGCGAGAAGCACCAAGCGAGCACUCAGAGGGGGAAAAGAUAAGAUCAAAUGCGAGCAGUCCCAAAGCAAGUAGCCCUAAAGCAGGUAGCCCCAAAGCCAAUCUCCGAAAAACCAGUAGCCCAAAGGCUGCUCUCAGAAACGCCGGUAGCCCGAAACCAAGUGCUCCGAAGGCCAGCAGGUCAGAAGCAAGCAGCUCGAAACAGGAUAGCCCAAAAACCAGGAGUGACGGCGUCUCCUCCAAAGAUAAUGAACUCAAAUCAGCUGCCGCUGGUCGCAGAUGGAGCAUAUUUAACCGUAGUGUUGACAAACACAAAGAUACUGGAGCUAAGCCGGGUGGCAGUGAACCCAAAGGGACUGGAUCUAAACACAAGGGAAACAAGUGAAGAUCAGCUUGUUUGAGUGCAUGUAAGAUGACACAAUGCACUUAAUAUGUUACAAAAUAUUUAUUCAAUUCAUAUCUCAGAUAUAACGAUUUAUAAAUUGAAAAUUCAAAAACUAUUGCCAGCGGAGUUUUGUCAAAUAAAUAAUGAACCAUCUCGUA